UCCGCUUCGCCCGAGCCCCGCGAGGGUGAAACGCUUUCUCCCGGCAUGCAGCGGGAGGAGGGAUUUAACACCAAGAUGGCGGACGGCCCGGAUGAGUACGAUACCGAAGCGGGCUGCGUGCCCCUUCUCCAUCCUGAGGUGAGGAACUGCGCCGAGCGCAUUCCUCGGCCAGCUUUCCCCGACCUUUCUCCCGCAGACUUGUGGAGGGCGCUGGCCUGCGUGUGUGGGACGGGGGGACGUGUUGAAGUUGGGGAAGGCGGGGAGCUUUUUGUGGGGGAGCCUAGGGCGAUGAGACAGUUUGUUGGGCAAAGCGAUGUCCUUCCAGGCUUGUUCCGCAACGCAGCGCCUUGGAGCACCUUGUGUCAGAUGCGCUCGUUGGAAAGCCCGUCCUUAAAGCCAUUGAAAAGAGAGGUCAGAACUUUUGGAAAUUCUAGCUCCACUUCCCAAAAGUACCGUCUUAAAAAGAAGGACGCAGAAGACGGAUUAGAUAGAGUCCGUAGGCAAGGUAAAUGGGUGAGUGCUGAUGGCCAGCUCAAAGGUUGGUGUGUGGAACCCACCCAGAGGCACCGCAGCAGACGAGCUCUCCAGUCCUCUUUUGAAAGAUACGGAAUAUACGAACGCUGCCGAGAAUUAGUGGAAGCUGGUUAUGAUGUUCGGCAACCUGACAAAGAAAAUGUUACCCUCCUCCACUGGGCUGCCAUCAAUAACAGAAUAGACUUAGUCAAAUACUAUAUUUCGAAAGGUGCUAUAGUGGAUCAACUUGGAGGAGACCUAAACUCAACUCCACUGCACUGGGCAACAAGACAAGGCCAUCUUUCCAUGGUUGUGCAACUAAUGAAAUAUGGUGCAGAUCCUUCAUUAAUUGAUGGAGAAGGAUGUAGCUGCAUUCAUCUGGCUGCUCAGUUUGGACAUACCUCAAUUGUUGCUUAUCUCAUAGCAAAAGGGCAGGAUGUAGAUAUGAUGGAUCAGAAUGGAAUGACUCCUUUAAUGUGGGCAGCGUAUAGAACACAUAGUGUGGAUCCAACUAGAUUGCUUUUAACAUUCAAUGUUUCAGUUAACCUUGGUGACAAGUAUCACAAAAACACUGCUCUGCAUUGGGCAGUGCUAGCAGGAAACACUACAGUCAUUAGUCUUCUUCUGGAAGCUGGAGCUAAUGUGGAUGCUCAGAAUAUCAAGGGUGAAUCAGCACUUGAUUUGGCAAAGCAAAGAAAAAAUGUGUGGAUGAUCAACCAUUUACAAGAAGCAAGGCAAGCAAAAGGAUAUGACAAUCCAUCUUUCCUUAGAAAGCUAAAAGCUGAUAAGGAAUUUCGGCAAAAGGUUAUGCUAGGAACUCCUUUCCUAGUUAUUUGGCUGGUUGGUUUUAUAGCAGACCUAAAUAUUGAUUCUUGGCUCAUUAAAGGCCUAAUGUAUGGUGGCGUUUGGGCUACAGUACAAUUUCUUUCAAAAUCCUUUUUUGAUCAUUCAAUGCAUAGUGCAUUGCCUCUUGGAAUAUAUUUGGCAACCAAAUUCUGGAUGUAUGUGACGUGGUUCUUCUGGUUUUGGAAUGAUCUCAACUUUUUAUUUAUCCAUCUUCCAUUUCUUGCAAAUAGUGUUGCACUUUUCUACAAUUUUGGAAAGUCUUGGAAAUCAGAUCCAGGAAUUAUUAAAGCUACAGAAGAACAAAAGAAAAAGACAAUAGUUGAACUUGCAGAGACAGGAAGUCUGGACCUCAGUAUAUUCUGCAGUACCUGCUUGAUACGGAAACCAGUGCGGUCCAAGCAUUGUGGUGUGUGCAACCGCUGCAUAGCCAAAUUCGAUCAUCAUUGCCCGUGGGUGGGUAAUUGUGUAGGUGCAGGCAACCAUAGAUACUUUAUGGGCUACCUUUUCUUCUUGCUUUUUAUGAUCUGCUGGAUGAUUUAUGGUUGUAUUUCUUACUGGGGACUCCACUGUGAGACAACAUACACCAAGGAUGGAUUUUGGACAUAUAUCACUCAGAUUGCCACAUGUUCACCAUGGAUGUUUUGGAUGUUUCUGAACAGUAUUUUUCAUUUCAUGUGGGUGGCUGUACUACUCAUGUGUCAGUUGUACCAGAUAUCAUGCUUGGGUAUUACUACAAAUGAAAGAAUGAAUGCCAGAAGAUACAAGCACUUUAAAGUCACAACAACGUCUAUUGAAAGCCCAUUCAACCAUGGAUGUGUAAGAAAUAUAAUAGACUUCUUUGAAUUUCGAUGCUGUGGCCUCUUUCGUCCUGUUAUUGUGGACUGGACCAGGCAGUAUACAAUAGAAUAUGACCAAAUAUCAGGAUCCGGGUACCAGCUUGUGUAG